GUUAUGUACAAUUAAAUAAGUAAAAGUGUAUUUAAUAUACUAUUAUUAUAUUAUAUAUUGUAGGUAUUCAAAUUAUUUAGUAGCUAGGUACUUGCCUACUUCUAAUAAACUCUACUUCUACCUUACUUAAUCGAUCCACAUAUUCUACAUCAUGUUCAGUUUUGUUCAGAAGACCGGAUCAAGGUCAUUGUCGGUACUACGCCGUUUUGUUCACAAUGAAUAUAUAACUACUAGAGAAAAUAAUGGAACAAGAGAAAUCACACUGAAUCAUGAAAAGACCAAGAAUUCACUAUCACUGAACAUGAUGAACCAUUUGAUAGAAGCUAUCAAUAAAAACAAAGAGGACAUAUCAUUAAGAGCAAUAAUUAUAUCUGCAAAGGGUAAUGUUUUCUCUGCAGGCCAUAAUUUAAAAGAAUUACAAUCUAGUUCUGGAGUUGACCAACACAAAGAGAUAUUUAGUAAAGCCACAGAGUUGAUGAAAUCUAUUAUUUUAAGUCCUGUACCUGUUAUAGCUAAGGUAAAUGGAUUUGCCACAGCGGCUGGUUGUCAGCUAGUAGCCACCUGUGAUAUAAUCGUAUGUUCUGACUCAAGCAAGUUUUCCACUCCUGGUGCAAACUUUGGUAUAUUCUGUUCCACACCUGGAAUUGCUCUUGGAAGAUCUGUUUGUAAAUCUAAAGCAACUUAUAUGCUUUUCACGGGUGAACCAAUAAAUGCACAGGAAGCAUAUGAAAGUGGCCUUGUCACAAAAGUAGUUCCAGCAAAUGAACUAGAUAAUGAAGUAGAAAAAAUAAUUGAAAAGAUAAAACACAAAAGCCGCAGUGUCAUAUCUAUGGGUAAAGAAUUUUUCUAUCAACAAAUUGAACUGAGCUUGUUCAAUGCUUAUGAUUUAGGUGAGAAAGUAAUGGUUGAUAAUGUUGCAAGUAAAGAUGGACAAGAAGGUAUAAUGAGUUUUGUGGAAAAACGAAAAGCAAAAUGGAGUCAUAGAUAAGAUUACAAGAUAAGAUCAAAAGAACAGCAGUUUAGACACUUAGUGAUAUCUUCUAAUAAAUAUAUUUAAUGAAA